CUCCACCCGGACACCAGUUCCUCUUCCCGCUGAGUCGCUGGGUGGAGAGCCUGAGGAGCGGCAGGGACCACAGCGGAUCCGAGCCGCGGAGGGUGCCCGCCGCUCCGGCCCCGCGUCCAGGCUGCCUGAAUGGGGGGCGCCCUGGCGUGGGUGCUGCUGUUGCUGCUGCCGCUGCAGGAUCCAGGCAGCCAGGGACUGUCCUGCGACGUGUUCAACGUGUCCUCGGGAGUCGUGGACUGGACCAAGGAGUUCACAGCCACAUGCCUGAACUUCAGUGGCCAAGGCCUGAGCCUGCCCCAGAACCAGUCUCUGCAGGCCCCCAGCCUGGGCAUCCUCGACCUGUCGGGGAACGGCCUGCAAGAGCUCCCGCUGCUGUUCUUCGCCCACCUGGAGAAGCUGAGGGUCCUGGACGUAACGCGCAACCCUCUGGACCGUGUGGACAGGGCGCUGGCUGAACGCUGUGACCUUGACCUGAAGGCCGACUGCCUCUGCUUCCUAGCAUCCUGGCGCGAGUUCCGGCAAGACAACUGCUCCGACCAGCCACCUCUGCAGUGCCUGCAUGCAGACAGCGGCACCUGGCACAAUGCCUCCGCCUUCCUGGAGGGCAGCUGCCCCCCUGGCCUGGCCCCAGUGACCAUUGGGGCACUGGUGGCCAGUGGAAGCCUGCUCCUGGGGCUCGCCAUUGCUGGCUCAGUGCUGGCCUGGAGACUCCGGAGACGCUGGACAUCCAGUAGCCAGGGCCUGGGCAAAACACAGGCUGCUCAGGGUGGUCCCAGGCCCAGCUCCGGCCGGCAGCCGAGGUACAGUAGCCGAGGCCUCAGCCCCAAGCCCUCAGAGGGCACCCUGCCCAGGUCCUCCACGCCCGACUAUGAGAAUGUGUUCGUGGGCCAGCCGGAUGCCGGGCACCAGUGGGCCGAAUACAGGGCUCACCCGUCAGAGGACAGCAGCUUCUACAUGAACUACGAGGGCCUUGACCCUGCCUCCCAGCCUGUCUACUGCAACCUGCAGUCGCUGGGCCGGGCCCCGCUGGGCGAAGAGGAGUACGUGAUCCCCGGGCGCUGA